CACUGGCUCCUCGGCUCGCCUCACGGCCGACGGACAGGCGGGCGGGCCGGGCGCCGGUGGCGGCUUCUCGUCGUCGUCGUCCUCCUCCUCCUCGCGAGUCGGGAUGUGGCGCGCGCUGGCGCGGCGCGCGGCCCAGCAGUGCGCGGCCCCGCUGCGGCCGUGGGGGGCGAGCGCCUCGGGCCCGCGGCGGGGCCGCGCCUGGCGGUGCUGCGGCGGAGGGGGGGCCCUGGGCCCGGGCGCCUCCCGGCCGCCAAGGCCGCUGCUGCCCGCCGGGGCGGCCCGCGGGAGCCCCCCCGGCCAGCGCCAGCCGGCCCGGCCCUGGUGCAGCCUCCCGCCACACCAGAAGGUGCCCUUGCCUGCCCUUUCCCCAACCAUGCAGAUGGGCACGAUCGCCCGCUGGGAGAAGAAAGAAGGGGACAAGAUCAGCGAAGGGGAUCUGAUCGCAGAGGUGGAGACAGACAAAGCAACUGUGGGGUUUGAGAGCCUGGAAGAGUGCUACCUGGCCAAGAUCCUGGUGCCGGAAGGAACACGGGAUGUUCCCAUUGGAGCCGUAAUAUGCAUCACGGUAGACAAGCCAGAGCUUAUCGAUGCCUUCAAGAGUUACACCUUGGAUUCUGCUGCCCCUGCUGCCCCUGCAGCCUCAGUGCCUCCCCCUCCAACAGCAGCAGCUCCCCCCACGCCACCCCCAGCUCAGCCUCCUGCUCAGGCUCCAGGCAGCUCUUACCCUCCCCACAUGCAGAUUGCUCUCCCGGCCCUCUCGCCCACCAUGACGAUGGGGACUGUUCAGAGAUGGGAGAAGAAGGUGGGUGAGAAGCUCAGCGAAGGGGACUUGUUGGCAGAAAUUGAGACGGACAAAGCGACAAUAGGCUUUGAAGUGCAAGAAGAAGGCUACUUGGCCAAAAUCUUGGUGGCAGAAGGCACACGGGACGUGCCUUUAGGAACUCCGCUCUGUAUCAUCGUGGAAAAAGAGUCGGACAUCCCAGCGUUUGCUGACUACAGGGAUGCUGGAGUUAUUGACAUCAAACCUCCAACCCCAGUAUUGCCACCGAGCCCUGUGGCAGCUCCUCCUUCACCAACCCAGCCUUCAGCCACUACUUCAGUUAAAGUCACCACACAUAAAGGGAGGGUUGUAAUUAGCCCCCUGGCAAAGAAGCUGGCAGCAGAGAGAGGAAUUGAGAUCUCACAGGUGAAAGGCACAGGACCAGACGGACGGAUAACAAAGAAAGACGUUGAAUCAUUUGUGCCAGCCAAAGCUGCCCCGGCCCGGGCACCUGAAGCAGCUCCUGUGACGACACCAGCAGCAGCUGCUGCUGCUGCACCCCUUCCCACAGGCGUCUUCACAGAUAUUCCAAUCAGCAAUAUUCGAAAGGUGAUUGCUCAGCGCUUAAUGCAGUCCAAGCAAACGAUACCUCAUUACUAUCUCUCUGUUGAUGUAGACAUGGGAGAAAUACUGGUGCUAAGAAAAGAACUCAACCAGGAGACGCCAGAGAACGUUAAACUUUCUGUCAAUGACUUCAUUAUUAAAGCUUCAGCGCUGGCUUGUCUGAAGGUGCCUGAAGCAAAUUCCUCUUGGCUGGACACAGUCAUUAGGCAGAAUCAUGUAGUUGAUGUCAACGUUGCGGUCAGUACUCCGGCAGGGCUAAUAACGCCAAUUGUGUUUAAUGCACACAUCAAGGGACUGGCCUCCAUUAACCAAGAUGUUGUAACGUUGGCAACCAAAGCACGCGAGGGCAAGCUACAACCACGUGAAUUUCAGGGAGGAACUUUCACGGUCUCAAAUUUAGGAAUGUAUGGCAUUAAGAAUUUCUCCGCCAUAAUCAAUCCACCACAGGCCUGCAUUUUAGCAGUUGGUGCUUCCGAGAAAAGGCUGGUGCCAGCAGAUAAUGAAAAAGGUUUUGAUGUGGCCAGCGUGAUGUCUGUGACCCUGAGCUGUGACCACCGUGUUGUUGACGGGGCUGUCGGAGCCCAGUGGCUCGCCGAGUUCAAGAGAUUCCUGGAGAAGCCGACCACCAUGUUGCUAUAACUUCCCCAACCCAUCAGGACUCAUUUUUGUCACAUCACUUCAUUCUAAAGAAGCUAUUUAUAUACCUAGUGUUUAGACUUUUAAACAAAUGUUCCUUUCUUUAUUUUUUAAACAAAUAUAUAUAUAUAAAUAUACAAUAAUUGCUGGUAAUUAUUGCCAGUUGUACAGAUUAAUCGUUUGCAAGCACUUUCCAGAACCAAGUACGACGAUGCCGUAUUUUGCAAACUUUCCCCUCUUGAAAAGUACCAACUGUGUAAAAUCAUGUGAGGAACUUGUGCUUGAUCAGGGGAACAAAGGCCAGCCCAGUAAUCUGACGGCCCCUUUUGAGUUCCCAAAAGCAAGCAAGCUGGAUUGCAAAAGCUUUAAAAAACGAAAAGAAAAAGGAGAGAGACCUGAAAUGCGGGGUGGAUGAAAUUAACACUCUUACACAAAAAGUGGACCUGCCUAGCCUCUCUGUUCUCCUGUCCUCUAGACAAGAAGACUUCCCUGAGGGAUGGAGUAGAACAGGCCUCUUAACGGUUCACUUUCCUGUUUACUUUGGGAAUUCUGCAUUUUUUCAGGUUGUGUAUCUGUAGGAACCCUUUUUGAAGCACUUUAACGGAAAAGGGAAUGAAUUGUGCUCUAUAAACUGCACUGCAAAAAUGUCUUUUGGACCAUUUCCUGAAAAUGUGCCCCUUCUGGUAAAUUUGUAUGGCUUCUGCUUUUUCAUUCAGUCCUUCAUUUUACAGUUGAAAAAAUGCUUUAUGCAGGUGUGGUUCAGGAGAAUGGUGCAAUUUAGUAGACAUUGAGAGCUGCUAAAAAAAAAAGGGGCAUCAGUACUCCAACAUCCGGACCUCCCCCCCCCCCGCGGCAAGGUAAUCGAGGAAUAUCUGACAGGUAUUGAGAGUGGAGGCAGUGCUGCAAGGCCAUAUGCUGGCCACUGACAGGAAUGCAAGGUCACAGUUCCCCUGGUUUAAACCAAGGACUGCAAAGAAGCCCCUGGUGGUUCUGCUAAUCCAGAGUGAGUCAGUUGUGCUCAACUUCAUUUGAGAUGGCCGAGAUGAGCUCCGUUGUGGCUGCAGGCCCAGUUGUGGGCUGCCUGCUUUCUUUAGCCCGGAGCUGCUCCUAGUGCAGCAGCAUUGCUGUCUUGGAAACAGCAGAAUUUCUUUGGCCCUGUAAAUAGUGUAAAAAAUUCCAGUGGUUGGAAAUGGUUUCCAUUCCCGAUGGUGCCCCAAUUCAUUUAUCACUAUGCCCUGUAUUGGAACAGAUGCAGAAGUGGGGGCCCUCCCCCGUUUGCUUUUCAAACAAGGAUCAUGUCGUAGACUUGCCAAGUACAUGACCCAGAAUGCUGAGGUGGCCGUGAUGUAAAUCGACCCGGAAUUGUUCUGUAUCAUAUGCAGUGCAUUAAGUAUUGUCUUUUGUAAAGUUGUGCUCCCAAAUCCACUAAAAAUAUCCAAGAAAGAUUAUACCGUGGAGAUAAAAUAUUUUUGUGAGACCAUCUAACCAAUGUUUUCCUGAUUUUGGUUGCAGUUAUGCCUAAAAUCUUUUGUUAAGCAGGUUGCACUUAAAAACAAUUUUUAAAAUGUCCUCAGUUCCAAACUGGGCUAGUGGGCCUGCGUGUUCCAUUAAACGUUUGGAAUUUAUUGGCAUGUU